UCCGCCAUCCAGAGGCGGGGCUGGGGAGGGAGCGACGCUAGCGUGCGGUUCCCAGCUGAUGGGAAGCCCCUGGACGCUCUGAGGUGCCGGGCUACUAGCGGCUGAGAAAAUGAUGCAUCCUGUUGCCAGCAGUAAUCCAGCUUUCUGUGGGCCUGGCAAGCCUUCCUGCCUGAAUGAAGAUGCUAUGAGAGCUGCUGAUCAGUUUGACAUAUAUUCUUCCCAGCAAAGCAAAUACAGCCACACAGUCAGCCACAAACCAAUGGCUUGUCAGAGGCAAGACCCAUUAAAUGAAACACACUUGCAGACUACAAGUAGCAGAAGCCUAGAAAUAAAAGAUGAACUAAAGAAAAAGAAAAAUCUUAACCGAUCUGGUAAGCGUGGCCGGCCUUCGGGAACCACCAAAUCAGCGGGAUACCGGACCAGCACAGGCAGACCCCUGGGAACCACCAAAGCAGCUGGAUUUAAGACAAGUCCAGGCAGACCUUUGGGUACAACUAAAGCUGCAGGAUACAAAGUCAGCCCAGGGAGACCUCCAGGAAAAAAGCAGCAAGCCUUCAGGUGUUCCAGUGAUGCCUGACACAA